GCCGCACAUUACAACUGUGACGCUAUGAGUGGUGACCAUGUCAAGGCGGAUUUGUCUUUCGGGGUGGUUAAGGAAAUUCUGGAGGACCCAUCUGGGUUUUCACUAGCGAAACUGAAAUCAACUGCAGAGGCUACCGACUUGAAGGAUAAGAAAAGCUUAAUAGAUGUUGCUUUAAGAGGACGGAUGCUGCGUCUUCUUGCAUCGGACUUCAUGGACGAUGUAAAAACCUUACUAAAAAUGGGAGUCGCUGCAGCACUUGCGAACUUAUGCUCUGCCCAUACUCCUUUUUUGUUGUUUUCGGAUGUCUUCAACACAAAACCAAUAUCUGUUUGCGAAGAAAUGUUUGGAUUUAUGGAAGAGACUAUAAUCACAUUGAAGGAUGUACCGUUAUUCGGUUCUGGUAGGAAUACACUACUCAGGAUGUGCAAUGAUUUGCUAAGGCGCUUAUCGAAGUCCCAAAAUACCGUGUUUUGCGGCCAAAUUCAGCUUUUCCUAACACGUUUAUUUCCGUUAGAUGAAAAGUCAGGACUCAAUUUCAUGAGCAAUUUUAAUUCAGAGAAAAACAUCCUGUAUAAUAAAAAUCCAGAUCCCAGUGUCUUCAGGCACCACCUGCCUCAUGAUCAUUCGUGUGAUGAUAUCGAAGAAGGUGAGAUGACCGACUCGGUUACUCCCCUGGAGGUAGAUGCUGGCCUUUAUGUCAAGUUUUGGUCACUUCAAGAAUUCUUCAAAUCACCAGUUUUAUGCUAUGAAAAUUCCAAAUGGCUAAAGUUUACAAGCAGUACGGAUACAGUACUAGAUAUAUUUUCGAGCAUUAAACUGAUGACUGCGGAAGAAAACGAUGCGUGUUCUCAGAGUAGCAGCAGAAAAUUUUCUAAGUACCUCACAAGUGAAAAGUUAUUGGAUUUGCAACUAAUGGAUCCAAGUUUCCGACGGUACAUACUAGUUCAGCUGUUAAUCUUGUUUCAGUACUUGACAACUACUGUUAAAUUUAAAACAAUGGACCAAGUGCUUAGUGAAGAUCAGCAGUCUUGGGUUAACCAAAGACGUGAAGCAGUAAUACGCCUUUUAUCGUCAAACAGUUCAAGUACUUCUCCGAGUGGUACUUUUGUAUCUACAGUUGAACACAUUUUGGAGCGUGAAGGUUAUUGGAAUAGAUGGAAAAAUGAUGGGUGUCCUUCCUUUAUACGGACUGCUGAAAAGUCUCGACUGUCUACCAGAAAAAGGCAUAUCAAUCCCUUGAUUACCCGUACUGGCCAGAAAGUAUAUCGUUUUGGUAAUCGAGAAUUAGAUAAACUGUGGAAUGUGUGUCCAGAUAAUCUAGCUGCAUGUCGUGACCAACGUCGUCUCUUCAACGCAGAUCUUCAUACUUACUUUCAAGAUGCUAUCAUCGAAAUGGAUCCAGCAGAAAAAGUUGAAGAGGAAUACAAAUCAAUAAAUAAAGAGGAAUGGAGUUGGCGUGCUCUUCGUUUCCUUGCCAGGAAAUGUCCACACUUUUACAUAAAUUGGAACCCACCCGGACGACCAGUAAAAGAUUAUCUGUCAGUUAUUCUGACUGAAAAAAUUCAGUCUGAGGAAGAUAAAAGCUGUACUCCUGUAACUUCAAAUUGUGAUCAUCAUCAUGGGACUGAUGGUACCUCACUGGAUAGCAUACCUAACAAGCAACCGCGAUUGGAUAAUUCAUCUGAUUCAACAGCAUUGGAUUCUCUAGUUAAGUCUUCUGCCCCACCACGUACUCGAUCAGCUAAAAAUGAAUGUCAAACACAAGGGCAAACAAGUAAAACUCAAACAAAUAACAAACCGUCACCGGCGCCUAGCAGUCCAAUGAGAACUCGAUAUCGUGAUACAAUGACUGUAGAUGUUAGUUGGUUACCUUGCUUUUUUACAUCUAUUACCACAGUUCAUGACAUUUGUUUGACGCCUUGCCUACGUAGUAUGAUGCUUUCAUUGAUAGCUUUAAUUUAUAAGACAACUGAUUGUUAUGCCUAAGAGCAUUUGGUCAUCUACGUUUAUUUGACUGAAUGAUGAAAGGAGAAGUCGAGACUGUUGUUUAGAAGUCUGUUUGUCAAUUGUUUGCUUUUUAAUUCAACAGUAUUCACGGCAAUCAUCCUAAUUAUCAUUUAGAAAAAACCCUUCAGAUUUACAAUUCAGCCUUGCAGAUGGUCAUUUGUGAUAUGAAUUACUUGACCGUAAUUUCACUGACUUGUGACUCUGAGUUUUUGAUUAGUAAAUCUUAACUAGGCGAGAAACCUGGAUUAAGCAGACCGUCAUGCCAGUUGAUUACUUUUCAAAAUUAUCGUAUAGAAUAAAGUUAUAGUUUGUGUCAUUGUUGCCCUUUUGUUGAGUUGUGAGUCACUGACUUAAACUUUUAAGUUUUAACCAAUAAAUCCUGGGUUAGAAUCCCGCUCCACAUAUUUCAGGCUGGGUAACUGGAUGGUAUCAUCGGUCUUCAUAGAAUAAAUAUGGCCCCAUAGACUGAUGGACAAAAAGACGUGAUCCGAAUAACUGUGUCCUAAUUAUUUAUCUCAUAUCACAACUAAUAACUUAAUAAUGUGUAUAUUCUGAGAAUAAGUUUUAUAGCUACCAUACUUAACUGUAGUAAAUGUAGUCUUAUCGUAAUUGUUAUAAAUUAUUAAGUAGUUAUCCAUAAACGUAUAGACAAUCAAGUAUUGUUAUUGUUUACUCUCUAUCUAGGUUGCUCGCUAGCUGCCUGCUUAAUGUAUAACAAACUGUGGUACGACUAUUAAAAAAAAAUUUAGAUAUUUUCCUUAGCUUUUGUGUGUAUUUUUGUAUAAAAGUUUGUUAAUGUAAGGUGAUGGACUGUGUAACACUCAGUGUGUAUUUAAUCCUAACAUUUGUUGCUUAGACUACUAUUAAUUUAUGAUGUAACUGUAAAUAAUCGGUUGUGGGUUUAAAAAAUUCCUUUUUCCUUAAAUUUUGAGUUUUUUCUCUAUCUGCAAAACUGUAUAUCCUAUAUUGCCGUGUUGUUGAAAAUUAGGUUACCAUUUCAGCGCUUUCAUUUUGACUGAUUCCAUAAUUAGUCCUUAUUUGUGUUAGAAUAACUUUCAUUAUGCGUCUUUAUUUUUUUUAUGAUAUACAUACAGUUCUAUGUAAGUUGUCGUUAGUUGUUCUCCAGGCUUUGUUAUUUAUUCAUGGACAUUUAAUCACCUGACUUGGUGACGUUUUCAGUUAUAUUUUCAUUGAGUCUACGACUAAUGAUGUCAUGGAGCUAUGUGUGAUGAAAUAUUCAAAGUCAGAUAUCAGAUCUCGAAGAGCACGAUUUCCAACUAAAUCUUGAGCUACAAAUUUUUUGUAUUGUUAUUAAAGUUGACUCAUAGUAAAUAAUUUUAUUUUCAUGUCAUUUAUAAGAAUUACUACCUUGUGUGUGUGUGUGUGUGUAAGAGGAGAUAGCUGAAGAGCUUCGAUUUCUUGUAUUCCUGAUCCCCUUUCGUUUCGUAAAUUUGGCUGAAUAUUAAAAUAGUCUUCUUUUUGUUCGAGCAGUAAUUGCCAAAAGUAAAAAUAAGUUGUCAGUUAUGUAUCAACCAUACAGAGGUCGAUAUCUUGUCUGUUCUCUAUACAAAUGUCAUUGAAGAAUUCAGAGAUUAGAAAAACACAUUUAACCGAACAAUAUUGUAUUCAAUCAGAUAUCAUUAGGUUUAACACUGAUAUACAUAACUGUACAAAUAAAAAUUCAAAUAUAAAGCAGUCAUGGUGUUUCAUCUAUAGGAUGAUAAGAUUGUGCAUAGAAAUUUUGCAAUUAGUUAUAAUAAUUCAGAGUUUAUUGAAGUCUACAAUCCUUUCAACUUGCCAACAAACUUUAAUUCGUUGGCUGAAUGGUAACCUGCUCGAUUUCUAAACUAAUAGGAUAGUUUUCAUCGCUAAUGUUGAUGUGGAUGUGCACUACUAAAUAAAACCGUAAACUGAGAUGAAGUGACUAUACAACGCUCUUAUAUUUCUUUAACUUUUGUCGAAACUCGUCUUCAUACAAGUAGUUGUAGCCAAAAGUUCUAAGCUAUUCUGUGUACGCAAUUUUGGUAUCAUAUUGAAAGUCUACAGUGAUUUGGCUCCUCACUAUUUAAGCUUCGGUUUUUGAAUUCAUCUUAUUUUCAAAUAUUCUGUAAAAGUACUAAUGAAUACCUUUUUGGCACAUAGAUUUUAUGUAAAUCUCUCGUUUAAUUUUUUCCCCUGGAAAUUUCAGAAUGAAAUCGAGUCGAAUUCAGGGAGUGAAAAUGGUACUGGUGAUGUGUUGCAAGAAGCCGAGAAUGAUAUUGAAUCAGAGCCAGUAACUGCUUAGAUGUAUAAAAGUGCUAUUCUUAUUGUUAUUAACUAUUAUUUAUUAAUUUUAUGAUUGGUAGGAUGUCUUCGUAUGUGAAUGUGUAUAUCUUUGUGAAGUAAAUUUCUUGUUUUAUCUAUUUUUCAUAUUCUUUUGGAAUGUUCUUCACCUGCUUAAUUGUAUUUUAUAUAACAAAUAUACAUGAUAAAACAAUUAAAUAUGUGAUUAACUUUCAUUAAUAUAAAUAAAUAUGUAUACUCCUUGAUCCAUAAUAGGUUAUU